AUGCUUCAUCGAAGUAGGUCCCUACAAGCAUUGCCGAAGGGCAAUAGAUGGAGAAGCUACUCGGAAAAGUCAUCGCAGCCUCCGUUUGUCACGCCAAUUUCCUCCCACUCCUACAUCAACGAUGAUAUCCUUUCGCUUAUAAGCAAGCAGAAUAUAGCCAAUCAUCUUGAGGAGCUUGGGCCGUACCCUUCUUACCUGCGGAUUCUUACGCCUCAGCAUUUUUUCCAAAACGAGGUGUUGAUGAACUAUUCGAAGAAGAAGCCUCAUCCAGUCUCCUUGAGGCAAUUGGCUGGGUAUGGCAAAGCACUCACCAAACAGAAGAUCUUAGCGUCGGCCAAUUUCGUCAGGCUAGAGCUCCCUAUUCGACUAGCAAUGAGAAUCAGAGACCUUCAGACGCUUCCAUUCGGAGUUGUCAAUAACUUUCAUUUGGCUCAAAUCUACGAAAGCUACUAUCAUCUGUUCAAUGCGUUCCGCAAGAUCUCCAAUAUCACUACCACGGCAGAAAAUGAGAAAUUUUGCGAGGAUAUAAGCAACUUGCUAGACCAGCAUGUGUUCAAUUUGCUGCAUUUGAUGAUGGGCGCUCUUGAGGUGUCCAUUUUGGAAAGCCUACCCCAGCCAGAGCUAGAUGCGUUCAUGAGCUCCAUGCUUCGCUCCAGAAUUAGUAGAAGAGUGAUUGUCGAAGAGCACUUGUCUCUUACGGAGAUUUAUCGUAAACAUCCUUACCAGCGGAAGCCUUCAGACUACAUUGGUGAGAUUUUUCACCAGUGCAAUGCAGCAGAGCACUUUCGCAUGGUCUAUGAGUUGAUCAAGGACUCUUCGGUGGAAGCGUUCUCCCAAAGAGAUCUCAUGCCUGAUCUUGUCAUCGAGGGUGAUACAUCUCUUAGUUUUCCAUUCAUGGUGCCCCAUUUGCACUACUUAUUUGGUGAGAUCUUAAGAAACUCACUAGAGGCUACAAUCAAGACUCAUGGUCAUACAAACAGAAAGCUACCGCCAAUCAGGAUCACUAUCAUCGAUUCAAAGAAGCUGGCUACUUUCCGGAUCUCCGAUCAAGGCGGAGGAAUCAGCCACGAUAAACUCAAAUCCAUUUGGUCGUUUGGGAAAUCUCCAGACCAUGCUAGAAAAAGUCUCGCCAACUUCCAUUCUCUCCCAGACUUGCAAAUGUACUCCAACUUGCAAGUGACCCCAGCAGGGUCUUCCAUCAUUCAGCCGUCAGAAAAACUCCAGGGAACCUCGGUUGCAGAAACGUCACCAGAAACGAAAAAGUCCACGUUGGACCGUUUGAUAAAGAGAAAUUACAGAUACAAGCUUGGGCUUGGAUUGCCCAUGUGUAAAGUGUACGCAGACUACUGGAAUGGAAAUCUUAGCAUGAACUCGAUUGAAGGCUACGGUAGCGACACGUGCCUCGAGUUGAGCAAGCUCAGUUACCACUCCAACGUGAUUCAGCUCGACAGAGCGUAG